AAACGAAACACAUGUUUUCUCUUUAGAAGAUGUAUGUAUGUAUACACCACAAGGUGAAUUUCCUGAAGAGAUGAACCAAUGAAGAGUUUUUGUUUUUGAUUUUUCGAACAACCAUAAAUUGUUACACACAUCGAUAAUAAUUGGCUGUUUUGCAAAUAAUGAAAGACAAAUUACCGUUUUUCGAUGUCUCCUCUAUUAGAGAAUGCUUAAGUUACCAAAAGGUUUAAAAAAGAAAAAGAAGAAGUCAAAAAAAGAUCAAGAACUUUUUACCGAAGAAGAACUUGAAGAGUACAAACGCCAACUAAAGGCCAAGCAGGAGGCUGCUGCUGCUAAAUCAGAUGCUGGUGAAUCCGAUGCAGCAUCAGAUGUUGAAGGUUUAGCACCAACAGCGACAACAUCAAAUACUGCUUCGACCUCUGAGUUAGCGUCUGCGAAUACAACAUCGUCUGCGGCCGCAGUUAACGAAUCAGCCGCCGCUAACGGCAACGGCUCUCAGAAAGCCAACGAAGACGACGAGUGGGCAAAAUUUAAAGCAUUAACUUCUGGCGUCGAUACUAUCCUUCAUAAAACCCAAGACGAAUUAGAUCGCAUUAAAAAGGAAUCCUUCUAUCAGCGACUACCAUCCGCAGCUGAAAAGAAAAAACAGGAAGAAGAGGAAGCAGCCAAACGUGAAGCAGAACGUUUAGAGGAAGAGAAACGUAAGGCCGCGGAACUUGAGGCUCAGCGAGACAAACUUGCCGAGGCGGUAGUCGAACUUUCGGAAUCGGAAGGUGAAGACGAAGCUGAGGUUGAUGAUAUUUUUGUAACCGAGUAUGUUGAUGCAAUUACCAGCGGUGAAUUACAAUUAGUUGUUCCAGACUCACCCGUUCUUGACUUUGACGACGGUCCAGAUCCUUUUGAUACUGCUUACGCUGAAAAAGUUAUUGUUGGAGCAGAUAAGGCCAAGGGAAAUAAAAAACUUGUCAGUUUAGGUGCAGCAGUAGAAGUUCUUUCAGGGCGUGUAGAGCGCGAAAAAGCGCUAGAACUUGCCAAACCUAAGCGCAAACUUCGUAAGGGCAUUAAGAAUCUCUUGCUGAGUGAAAGUAUUGAUCAGGGUGAUCUUGAUGAAGAAGAUCUACUAGCACCAGAGCCUCAAAGAAAUCUUUUGGAUGAACUGGUCGAUGAUGUACCAAUAUCUGAUGCGCCAAUAGAUUUAAGUGUGUCAUUACAUUUGAGUUUUAUACAACCUAAGAAACCAGUCUCAGACGAGGAAGACGAAAACGAAAACCAAGAAAAUUCAGGUGUUCCUGAUCUUUCUGAAUUUGAUACUCUAAAAAGUCCAGAGGACGACGAAUUUGCUGAACUAGCUGCUGAAUCAUUAAACAAAAAAGAAGAAGUUAAAGUUAUAACAGAAAUCCCUCUUCCCAAAGCGGAAGUCUUAACAGACUUCAGUGAAGCUGACUGGGCAGAAUUUGAACAAUUACCAGAAGAACAACAGGAUAAUUCGAAGAAACCACCACCAAGGCCAACUAGUGGCCCCCAUUUGGUGGAGGGUGCAAUUUACAUAAGCGACGACGAAGAGGAACAAGACGACGAUCCUUUUAACACUUCAUACGCCGAACAAGUUAUUAAGAAAACCACUGUGCUCGAAGAAGACGACGAUUUUGAUCCCAGAGCAGAAGAAAAAUCAGCUCCACCAGCAAGACCACCACCACCAACGGCUGUAAAAAUAAUUGCUAAACAUUUGAACGUUGACAUAGAUUCUGAAGAUUUUGAUCCAUUCGAUACUACAGUAGCUGGAGCGGUAAUAGUGCUAUCUAAAACCACACUUAAGCAGUCUUUAAGCGAUCCAGACUUUGAUCCAAGAGCUGAAGAGUCAAGUACUGAACCGGAACCUCAAGUGCAAAUACAGCCAACGGAACAAUCAGCUUCAACUCCAAAAAUCGAAGAAGAUUUUGACGCAGCUAGACGUAAGUCUUCUCUAAGUCUUAGUUUACAAAACAAUAAAUCAGUUGGAUUUUUAGUUCCCAACCAAGAUUUGUUGGGAGCAUCUGAGGGAGGAAGUAAUAAGAAACCUUUGACUCCCUAUUACGCUCCCUCAGGUUCAUCAAUUGCCGAAAAAGAAGCAGAAGAUCCUUUUGAUACAUCUUACGUUCCGGAAAAUAAACCAACAGACGUUGAACUUAAACAUCUAGAAAGCGAUCUUUUAUCAAAACCCACAUUAAAACAUAGCUUAUCGGAUCCAGAUUUUGAUCCCAGAGCUCCUCCAACACCAGUACCUGCAGAGGAUUUGUUGGCGGUAAAAGAAAACAUCAAUACGAAAGUUUUGACACCAGCACAAGAAAGUAAAGAUUUGCCAGAUUACUCUGCCGAACAGGAAGUAGAUCCUUUUGAUACUUCAAUAGCUGCUAAUUUACAACCAGGUCAAGCAGAACUAAAACUUUUAGAAAGCGAGUUAUUACCCGAAAGAAAAUCAGAUAUUCCCACAGGAGUUUUAGAUACUCAAAGCGACGCUCAAGAAUUAGGUUUAGGUGAUAAGGUCUUAACACCUCAAUUACCCCAUAAACAAAUUGUUGUGCCCGUCGAAGUAGAUCCGUUUGAUACAUCGAUUGCAGAAAAUCUACAACCAGGAGAAACGGAAAUAAAAUUAUUAGAAAGCGAACUUAUCGAACAUUAA